CAUCCAUCUCCCUUCCACACGCAACUACGCCGGCCUGCGUUCGAUCGAUCCGCUGCGCGCUCGGCUACCGGUACUCCCAGAUCGAUUGAUAGAUGGGUGCUCAUGGAGAUGAUCACCACCAUCAUCACCACCACCAAGAAGCCGGGGUGCUCGUCGACGAGGAGGAGGAGGAGGAGGAGGAGGAGGAGAUCGAGCAGGAUUGCGGUGGCCCGACGAGCGGCGUGGUGGAACAAGAGAUAGGGGGAGACGGUGGAGGAGGGUGCCAUGAUGCUGCUGGGAUGGUGUUCGAAGCAACCAGUAGCGUGGGGAGCGUGAGCGCCACCAUGGGGCCUCCCCCGAUCAUGUGCUGGCCACAGCCGGCGCAGCCUGUCCACGGUGCAAUCCACGGUCACCACAACCUAGGCGGCGGCGGCGGCGGCCAGCAGAGCCCGUUCUUCCCGCUGCUGCCGCCCCUACCCCCUCAGCCGCCACCGCCGCCCCCGUUCUUCGCCGACUUCUACGCGCGGCGGGCGCUCCAGUACGCUUACGACCACUCCGGCGGUGCGUCGUCCUCGUCCGACCCUCUCGGCCUGGGCGGCCUCUACAUGGGACAGCACGGCUCCCACGUCGCCGGGAUGAUGAUGACGCCGCCCUUCGCCCCGUCACCGUUCGGCGACCUGGGCCGGAUGACCGCGCAGGAGAUCAUGGACGCCAAGGCGCUGGCCGCGUCCAAGAGCCACAGCGAGGCCGAGCGCCGCCGCCGCGAGCGCAUCAACGCGCAUCUCGCCCGCCUCCGCAGCCUCCUCCCCAACACAACCAAGACGGACAAGGCGUCGCUGCUCGCGGAGGUGAUCCAGCACGUCAAGGAGCUGAAGCGGCAGACGUCGGAGAUCACAGAGGAGGCGUGCCCGCUGCCCACCGAGUCGGAUGAGCUCACCGUCGACGCGUCGAGCGACGAGGACGGGCGCCUCGUCGUGCGCGCGUCGCUCUGCUGCGACGAUCGCACCGACCUCCUGCCGGACCUCAUCCGCGCGCUCAAGGCGCUCCGGCUGCGCGCGCUCAAGGCCGAGAUCACCACCCUCGGCGGCCGGGUCAAGAACGUGCUCGUGGUCACCGGGGAUGACAGCGCCGCCUGCGCCGGGGCGGACGGGGACGGCGAGCAGCAGGAGGAGGAUGCGAUGCAGGCGCCCAUGUCGCCGCAGCACACUGUCGCGUCCAUCCAGGACGCGCUGCGCGCCGUCAUGGAGCGGACGACGUCGGCUACCGAGGAGCCCGGCGGGUCGGGCGCCGGCGGUGGACUCAAGCGGCAGCGCACCACGAGCCUCUCGGCGAUCCUAGAGAACAGGUCUAUCUAAGCUAGCAUCCACACAUGAUGAGAUGUGCAAAACGAAACGAAAGAACAGUAAAAACAACGUACACCACACCACAAUAUCUCAUAGCUGAUCAUAAUACCAUGCAGCUAGCUAGCUAGUUAUGGAUCACAUGUUUCCCAAGUACAACCGUUUUUCAUUUCUUUAAUUUUAGUUUUCUCCCAUUGAUUUUAUACUAGUAGCAUGUGUGUGUGAAUCUUGGUGGUGUAUAUCUCUGCAUGGCAUCUCAGCAAUCAAUACAAGGUCACUCUUUCUUCAGCUGGCCUG